AUGAUCAAUCUCCGGGGUAAACUGGGCGGGCUUGUCGCGGCUCUGCUUACCACGAGUAUCGGGCUCGUCGAGGCAAUUGCUCCCUUAACAAUCAAGGGAAACAAAUUCUUCAACUCCGAAACAGGUGCACAGUUUUACAUCAAAGGUGUUGCAUACCAACUACGUGCUCGAGUCGACCCGUUGGUGGACAAGGAGCAGUGUCAGCUUGAUGCCACCUUGAUGAAGGAGCUUGGUGUGAACACAAUCCGUGUCUACCAAACUGAUUAUACUGCCAACCAUGACGACUGUAUGAAGAUAUUCGCAGACGCCGGGAUAUACCUUUUCGUUGACCUCGCCAACUAUGAAACCGGUAUUAACGAGGAUAAUCCGUAUUGGAGUCAACAGCAACUCUCUUCUUUCGCGGCUACUUUAGAUGCAUUUGCAAAAUAUGAAAACACCGUUGGUUUCUGGAUCGGAAAUGAAGUCAUUACUAAGGCCUCUGGUGAACGGGCGGUGUACUUUAUCGCUGCCGCUGUUGCUGAUAUCAAGACCCAUAUAAAGAACAAGAAAUACGAUCAUUCUGUGUAUAUUGGCUAUGCUUCCACUGAUAACGCCGACACUCGCCCGUUUGUUCAAAACUAUUUGGCAUGUAAUCACGAAGGUUUCACCGACCGGGACUCCUCGAUCGACUUCUACGGCGUCAAUGCCUACGAAUGGUGCAAUCCAACAGAUACUUUCCAGACAAGCGGUUACUCUCGCCUGACAGGCUAUCUAUCUGCUGCUCAGUACGAUAUUCCAGCCUUCCUAAGUGAAGAUGGAUGCAAUACAAGCCCACCUAGAUUAUUCGAGGAUAUGUACUCCAUCUUCGGUCCUAAUAUGACUGAUUGGUGGUCUGGAGCUAUCGUCUACGAAUGGAUCAACGAAGACAACAAGUACGGCUUGGUUAGCUAUGGAAUGGUCAAAGACACAUCUACAGCCGUUGGUGGCGAUCCAUAUGAAAGAUCUGGUACCCCAACGCCAGUUUCUCCGGACUUUAAUAACUUGAAAACCGUUUGGGCUAGUGUCAGCCCUACAAGCCUCACCUUGAGCGCGUAUACUCCAACCAAUACUCAGGUCGACUGCCCAGCCAGCUCUGCUAGCGCUUGGACAAUUGACCCGAGUGCCAGCAUCCCAACCAUCGGAGAUAUCGCAACGUCCCUGCCUGCGUCUACUAGUACUGGUUUGUCCCCUUCGCGCGCUCCCUCUUCCUCCACCCCUUCCGCACGUUUUACGAGUAUUACAACCACUUCGAGUCCAGCGAGUUCUAAUUCGGAAAUUCCAGCAACUUCAACAUCGAAACCAAACUCCGCGAGUUCGGUACAUAUUUCUGCAUGGCAUAUUGCCAUUGUCAUGAUUAUCACGACGUUUAUGAGCAUGUACUAA